AUGAACGUGGAGCCGGAGGCGUCGUUCCUCGUGCAGGUCAAGAACCCCGACCCGCCCUCCGGCGGCCGCGACGGCGGCGGGUUCCACGGGCUGCAGAGCAAGCGCCGGGCGGCGUUCCCCUCGCACCUGCAGGGCGCGUUCGGCAGCCGGCGGGACUCGUCGCACGACAACUUCGCCGUUCUCGUGCACGUGAAGGCUCCGGGGGUGGUCGAUGGCGAGGCGGCAGCAGCCGGAGACCGAGACGCGCCGCGCGCUCCUCUCGACCUCGUGACGGUGCUGGACGUGAGCGGAAGCAUGCGCGCGGAACAAGCUUGCCCUGGUGAAGCAGACCAUGGGAUUCGUCAUCGGCAGCCUCGGCCCGCACGACCGCCUCAGCGUGGUGUCCUUCUCGUCCGGGGCGCGCCGCGUGACCAGGCUCCUGCACAUGUCGGACACCGGAAGAGUCUCGCCACAGAGGCAAUGGAGGCCCUCAGAGCGGGCGGCACCACCAACAUCGCCGAGGGGCUCCAAACGGCCGCCAAGGUGCUCGCCGAGCGCCGGCAUUGGAACGCCGUCUCUAGCGUCAUUCUCCUCUCCGACGGCCGGGACAACCAAAGCAUGCCGCGGCUGGCGCGGCACACCGGCGAAUUGUCUGCACCCAUCCACACCUUUGGUUUCGGCAACGACCAUGACGUGGCGGCGAUGCACGUCGUGGCCAAGGCCACCGGCGGGACGUUCUCUUUCAUCGAGAACGAGGCGGUCAUCCAGGACACGUUCGCACAGUGCAUCGGCGGCCUGCUCACCGUCGUGGUGCAGGAGGCGCGCGUCGCCAUCGCCUGCGGGCAUCCCGGAGUCCGCAUCAGCUCGGUCAAGUCCGGUCGUUACGAGAGCCGCGUCGACGAGGACGGCCGCUCGGCGUCGAUCGUCGCCGGCGAGCUCUACGCGGACGAGGAGCGGUGUUUCUUGCUGUUCAUGGCUGUUCCAACCGCGGAAGCCACGGGCGGUGGUCGACGUGACGGCGGAGGACACGAUGGUGGCCAGGCCGGAUCACGCGGCGGACGCGGAACGGUCAGCCGAGGUGGAGCGGGAGCGCGCCCGGGUGGAGGCGAUCAAGGACAUGGCGGCGGCUAG